AUGGGGUUGAAGAAUGACAUCAGAAGAGAUUUAAUGAUUAAUGUGUUAAUUGCUAAGGUUGGUAGAGCUAAACGUAAGGCAAAGGAUAUGAUGCUAGGCACGGACAUGGAGCAGUAUCAAAAACUCUGGAAUUAUGCAGCCACAGUCCGAGACACAAAUGCUGGAAGUACUGUAAAAAUGCAGAUUGACAAGCCUCCUGAUGGUUCAAGGGGUACAUUUCAAAGGUUAUAUUAUUACUUAUAUGCCUGUAAGAAGGGUUUUCUUGAUGGUUGUAGACCAAUAAUUGGUCUAGAUGGCUGUUUCCUUAAGACAGCAUUUGGUGGACAAUUAUUAUCAGUACUUGGCAGAGAUGGCAACGACAACAUGGUGCCAAUAGCAUUUGCAGUGGUAGAGGUAGAGCGGUAUGACUCCUGGAAAUGGUUUUUGGAGUUGCUAAUGGCUGAUUUGGGCAUGGGAAGAGAUAACAUUCCUUGGACCUUUAUCUCAGAUAGACAGAAAGGGCUUGUGCAUGCUGUGAAUGAACUGUUUCCAAAUUCAGAGCAUAGAUUUUGCUUGAGGCACAUGUACCAGAAUUUUAACCAAAAGUUCAAAGGAAAGGAAAUGAAAGACAUGUUUUGGGCUGCUGCAAGCGCUGGCAAUGAAAGGGAAUGGAAAAUGGCAAUGAUUGAACUAGAAAAGACAAACAAAGAAGCUGCUGAAUGGUUGAGCAGAAUUCCACCAGCCCUUUGGAGUAGAUCACAUUUUACAGGUUAUAGUAAAUGUGACAUUCUGGUAAACAACCUAAAUGAGUCAUUCAACAACUAUAUAUUAGAAGCAAGAGAGUUACCUAUCAUUGGGAUGCUUGAAUGGAUAAGGAGGAGAUUGAUGCAGAGAAUUCAAACAAAGAGAUCUGGAAUGCAAAAGUUUCAAGGAGAGAUCUGUCCUAAUAUAGCAGAAAAGAUCGACAAGAAUCAGAAGUUGAGUAGGACAUUUGUUGCGACCUGGGACGGUGGUCACAAGUUAUCCUUGUGCCCAUGCAUGUGCGGAGGAGUGUGUAGAUUACCUAUUAAAAAUUAUGUGCAUGCUUGCUACACUAGAGCAGAAUAUCUGAAAACAUAUGCAUAUACUAUCACACCUGUUCCAAGUGAUAUUUACUGGAUAACAGCUGAAGAAGAGUCCAUAAACCCCCCUGCGGUUAGGAGAAUGCCUGGUAGACCAAAGAAACUACGCCGGAGAGCACAAUAUGAGCCUAAGAAGGGUCAAGUAUCAACUAGAAAGGGGCUUGUGGCACCUGAAGCAAGCGCAGCUGAACCAAUUGCUGAGUCGUCCACUCAACCACAGUCAACUAGUAAAGGAGCUCCUACUGCACAAAGUACCACAAUGACUAGCAAACAGGCUAGGAAGCCUGUGCAUGGUACGAAUAUGAGUGGGAGUAACAGUGCUGAUGCCACCACUGCAACAGCAACCACAACCACAGCUCCAACUAUUACUGAUGUCUUGCGCAAGUUAAGGCCAAAGAGAUCAAAAGCUAUCCAGCCUUAA